CAGCUCGUAUUCGCGAUGGAAGGCGCUAACUUCACCCCGCAGCAGAAGGCCGAGCUCAUCAACCGGGUCCGCUCGGAAGUGCAGCAGCAGGCGCUGCAGGAGCUGACGCAGAACUUGCAGGAGAAGUGCUUCGACAAGUGCAUCACGCGCCCCAACGGCAAGCUGGACGGCAAGCAGCAGAACUGCCUCGCUCUGUGCAUCAACCGCUACAUCGACACCAUGAAGGUGGUCUCGGAGGCCAUGGCGCAGCGCGGCUCUUAGGUUGAGCGGAUUACUCGUGCGUUCCGGUGUUGUCGCCUUCGACUGAAUAACCCGCGAUGAGCCUGCACUGUAGCGGUCGUUGCGAGACGCGUGCUUAUAGUUUCUUUAGAGGGAAUGCCGCGCUUCAAUACAACUCGACCCUGUGCCUCAAUU